GAUAAUAAGGUCAUAUUGGUAAUGGCAUAUAAGAGAAUGGAUGACUUUAAACGAUGCCUUGAUAGUAUGAUGCAGGCAAAUCAAUCGAAUCAAUAUCAUUUGGUUGUAACACAGUCUAUACCAUUGGAUAAUGAUCGUAGACAUUACGAUCGCAUGACCACCAUGCUCAACGAUCAGGCCAUGCCUUACUUCAAGUCGGUCAGACACAUCGAGACACCCUCCACCUCCAAUCACACCUAUGGCAAUGCCUACAACGCAUUCAAGAACCUGGUACGAGGCCUCAACUACACUUUGAGAGCAUUCCCAGCACUGGACUCAUUGAUCAUCGUCGAGGAGGAUGUCGACGUGUCCAAGGACAUCUUUGAGUUCUUUGAGAGGAGUAGACAACUCAUCAAUGAGGAUGCAUCCGUCAGAUUUGCAACAUCGGCCUUCUUCUUGCACACAAGACAUCCUCAAUAUGAUUGGCGCGUGGACAAGCCAAUUAAACGAAAGAGUAUCCGCAAUCAAUUGUCUCUGGACUUGAUGCGUCCACAAGAGUUGAUCACAGUCACACUCCAAGGUCAGAUAGAGUUCAAGGUGUUGGCGUGGAUGGCUCAUCGAUCAGCAUGUAAGCAGAUGAUCACAGACUUCUAUGACAUUGAAGGAUGGGUACUUAAACAUGGAGACCAUGUUGUUGAGAACAAGCCAAACACUCCAAAGCCACCUGUGCUUUUGGAACAUUGCGACUGUUGGAAUCAUGAUAGAUACCUCGAGUUGCGCUUCAAGGGCAAGAAGUUCAUCGGAUCACAAUCACCUCGUUGUAACCAUGUGGCAACGGAUGGCGCAGGACUCAGUGGUGUUGAAGACGAUUAUGGAUUCCCUGUCAAUCAGAUAUAUACACGUCGUGAUCAAUUCUAUAUGACAUAUAUCAAAGGAGAGAAAGGAAUAUGGCAACAAUUGAAGGAACACUUGCCAAGUGUAGAGUGCCCGAAUAGAGUGGACUGUUAUUCGCCAAGCACUGGACAGAAGUGUGGAUCAGUCCGUGUAUCAACAUGUCUAAACAUCUGGGGCUUUGAAUGUGUACCAUGCAGUGGCCGAACUGCUGCCACAUUGGAGCCACAAUGUCGCGAGAAGUAUCCAGAUUGCUGUGGUAGCAAAUGCGAUACCAAGUCACCAUUCAUGAUCAGUUUGCCAUCACUAUUUGGC